UUUUUUUUUUUUCAAAUUGUAGGGGUAUGUAUGUUUGUCGUACCCUCAGUUACAAAGGAGUGGAAUUUGAGGUUAUUGAAGCACCAUUAGAAGCUGAAAUGGAGGUGUCGUAUAAGCCAGCAGCAGAGUUUUGGGCAGAGUUGCGGGUGGAGUUACUAACAGCCAGUGCUGUCCUUAAUGGCGAUAAACCUAAUUCCAGUCAGCUUUGGAGGUUAUAUUGGUCUAGCCAUCAGCGUUUCUUCAGACACAUGUGCAUGUCAGCUAAGGUCCCUGCAACUGUGAGGCUAGCCAAGCAAGCAUUAAUGGAAGAUAAGUGUGUAGUUAUUGGUCUUCAGAGUACUGGGGAGGCUCGGACUGAGGAAGCUGUGACAAAAUAUGGUCUUGAACUUGAUGAUUUUAUUUCGGGACCACGAGAGCUGUUGCUGAAAUUUGUGGAAGAAAAUUAUCCUUUGCCUGAAAAGCCCGAACCUGACCAAGAAGAGGAAACUGUAAAGGAACUUCAACGUAAGAGGCACUCAGCAACGCCUGGUGUUUCGUUUAAAGGGAGAGUUAGGAAGGUUGCCAAAUGGAAUCCAGCAAGUGAUGGUGAAAGCGAUGAAGAUUCUGAAAGUGAUUCUGCACCUGAAUCUACUGAAUCCGAUGAUGAGUUUCAGAUCUGUGAGAUGUGCAAUACUGAGGAGGAAAGGAAGAAGUUGCUUCAAUGUUCCUGCUGUGGCAAGCUUGUCCAUCCUGCAUGUUUAGUGCCGCCAAUUACUGAUGUCAUACCUGAUAAAUGGUCAUGUUAUUCAUGCAAGGAGAAAACUGAUGAAUAUAUUCAAGCAAGACGUGCCUACAUAGUAGAACUUUCAAAGAGGUAUGAAGCUGCUUCAGAGCGUAAGUCAAAAAUUUUGGAGAUAAUUCGUUCUUUGGAUCUACCAAAUAAUCCCUUGGAUGACAUUAUUGAUCAGCUUGGGGGUCCUGAUAGAGUUGCAGAAAUGACAGGGAGGCGAGGCAUGCUUGUAAGGGCCUCCAGUGGAAAGGGUGUAACUUACCAGGCACGAAACACAAAGGAUGUAACAAUGGAAAUGGUCAACAUGCACGAGAAGCAGCUCUUUAUGGAUGGUAAGAAGUUGGUUGCCAUAAUUUCUGAAGCUGGCUCAGCUGGGGUGUCCUUGCAGGCAGAUAGAAGAGCACUGAAUCAGAAAAGAAGAGUUCAUAUAACCCUAGAACUUCCUUGGAGUGCUGACCGGGCAAUUCAACAAUUUGGAAGAACUCAUCGGUCAAAUCAAGCUUCUGCACCUGAAUACAGGCUUAUUUUCACAAAUCUUGGUGGAGAGCGUCGCUUUGCUUCCAUUGUUGCCAAGAGGUUAGAGUCUCUUGGAGCCUUAACACAGGGAGAUCGCAGGGCAGGACCAUCUUUGAGUGCUUACAAUUAUGAUAGUGCAUAUGGAAAAAAGGCAUUGAUGGUGAUGUAUAGAGGGAUCAUGGAGCAGGAUAAGUUGCCAGUUGCGCCACCUGGAUGUACAUCAGAAAAACCAGAUACAAUCGAAGAAUUCAUAACAAAAGCAAAAGCUGCUCUUGUGUCUGUUGGAAUAAUUAGAGACACAGUUCUUGGUAAUGGGAAGGACAAUGGAAAGCUCUCUGGCCGUAUUGUCGAUUCAGAUAUGCAUGAUGUUGGUCGUUUCCUGAAUCGGCUUUUAGGACUACCACCAGAUAUUCAGAACAGGUUAUUUGAGUUAUUCAUCAGCAUCUUAGAUGUUCUUAUACAAAAUGCCCGAAUUGAAGGGAAUCUUGACUCAGGAAUUGUUGAUAUGAAAGCUAACAUUAUUGAAUUGCAAGGAACACCAAAGACUGUUCAUGUUGAUCAAAUGUCUGGAGCAUCAACAGUUCUGUUCACUUUUACUCUGGAUCGUGGAAUCACUUGGGAGUCUGCAAGUAUCAUGCUUGAUGAGAAGAAAAGGGAUGGGCUUGGUUCAGCUCAUGAUGGAUUCUAUGAAUCUAAGAGGGAAUGGUUGGGACGGCGUCACUUUAUUCUUGCUUUUGAGAGCUCAACCUCUGGGUUCUUUAAGAUUGUCCGCCCUGCUGUUGGGGAAUCAGUAAGGGAAAUGCCUCUGGCAGAACUAAAAAACAAAUAUAGAAAGGUUUCAUCUCUAGAGAAAGCCCGUAGUGGAUGGGAGGAUGAGUAUGAAGUUUCUUCAAAGCAGUGCAUGCAUGGCCCCAAUUGUAAGCUUGGCAACUAUUGUACGGUUGGAAGACGACUCCAGGAAGUUAAUGUUUUGGGUGGUCUCAUUUUUCCAGUUUGGGGCACUAUUGAGAAGGCCCUUUCUAAACAGGCUCGUCAAAGCCACAGGCGCCUUCGUGUUGUGCGGCUAGAAACCACAUCAGAUAAUAAGCGGAUUGUUGGGCUUCUUGUGCCAAAUGCAGCAGUUGAAACCGUGCUUCAAGACUUGGCAUGGGUUCAAGAUAUUGAGGAUUAAACAAGAGCAGCAGUAAUUUUGCUUAAUCUGAUAGUCUUUGUGAAGGUGCUUUUUGAGGGAACAUAAGCAAGUAAAAUGGAAGCAGCACUAGCUUUGCACAGAGAGGACAAGGCGAGCUGCUCUGAACCACGUUACUGAUGUGCAGCCUUAUUCAUUUUGAUUUUUUUGAAUUAUAGCUCCAUUUUUUGGCAUAUAAUUCUGUAUAUUAUCAACAUUGUCAUAGAGGGAAAAUAGACAACAAUCUUCCCUAGGAUGUAGAAGAACUUGGACUAACUUGUAAGGGAAUUUGUCAUUCAAAGUUAUAACUACAAUAGAAAAUCAUUUUUGCU